UUCAGAUAAAAUGUUUAAGUUGACCAGAAUAUUGAUGUUAGGAUCAGUCCUGGUAUUGGUAGCGACAGGAGAGAAGAAUUAUUAUAAAAUCCUGAAUAUCGAUGAGAAAUCCACCACAAAGGAUAUAAAAAAAGCAUUCCGUGACCUGGCGCGAAAAUACCAUCCUGAUAAGAACAGUGCUCCUGGAGCUUACUCAAGGUUUACCCAGAUACAGGAAGCAUAUGAUGUACUCAAAAGUCCAGAGUCCCGACGUCGGUAUGAUAUGUCCCGACUAGGUCAUCUUGGAGGUCGCGGUCGUGGUCCUAAUGCUGGUGGUGGUGGUGGGGCGUACGGGCACCCGCCUGGCUACAAGAUGAACAACGCCAUGAAGAAUAAACCGUUCAAGUUCAACUUUGACAGCAUGUUUGACGACGACGACAUUUUCAAGGAUUUUGGACAACAUUUUGGAAACUUCUUUAAGUUUUCCGACGAUGAUUUUUUUGGACAGGCAGUUCCUUCUAAAGGCAGAGAAUGGCGUGUAGGGCGUGGAAUGAAAUGCAAGACUGUUGUCUCAAAUGUCGGAGGGUUUAAAUCCUCUGUUACGAAAUGCUCCUGAAUCAAGGAGUCAAAUCAAACUAUUCAUCCAAAUACAAGGGGUAUGGGUAAUGGGGGCUCAAAUCCCUUUCUUUAAAAAUGAAAACUAUGAUAUUCAGGGGGUUUAACAAAUCUGAGCCCCCCCCCCCCCUAAAUGGUAAAAAAAUUGUUCA